UAGCUUUAAGUACUGCCACAUAAUUUGUUUUCGGUUCCAUUUACUAUGCUUUAAUAUUACAUGUAUAAGGCUUUGCCUGGCGUCUUGCAAUGGGAGACUUUCUGAGAUCUCCGUCAAUAGAGGGCAGCAGACCUACCGAGUAAAUUUUUCGCGCGGGAACUAUUAUUAAUAAAGUUUUGGCAAAUUAGUACGUCGCUGCGUGAGUGCGUCGGAUCGUCUGCCAUCGCAUCGACAUCUCUGCCAUCUGCUCGUAUCGACUAUGGUCAUGAUGUCUGCUAGGCCUAAUCCUGAUUAUGGUUCAAUGACCUUGAAAGAUCUGAGGGCAGAGCUGAGAAAAAGAAACGCUAAACAGUCAGGAAGAAAACAUGAACUUGUCACAAGACUGGAAAGUUAUGACAGGAAUUUCAACUUCGGCCAUACGUGUAUCCAGUGUGAAGAUGAGAGGGGUUUUCAUAUGACCACACCUAAACCAACAGAUUACAAGGGCAUCAACACCGACAGUAAGAUUCCAGUGGUAACAGCAGAUAGCAUCACAACCUUUCACGAGCUUCAUGGGCAAGAUUUGCAAGAGAAGACAGAGGCACUCUACUACGGGAAAUUUCUGCAGUCAGUACGCUACUGCAACCAAGAUGAAACCGUGUACUUCAUUGGCAGAGUUUCCGCGGAAAUGAAAACAAAGGUGAUAUAUAAGGUCGAUAUAAAGAUAAACAAACAUGGAGUGGUUGAAGAGUCCCAAUGUGAAUGUGCUUUGGCUUGGGACCGGAGGCCCACUGCAAGCAUGUAGCUGUAGUACUUUUUGCUCUUUCUAAAAGAAAGGAGGGCAUCAUAACCAAGGACACAUGUACUGCAAAGCUGCAGACAUUUCAUCAUCAAAAGAAAUAUACUGGCACACCAGUUUUGAUGAAGGAUUUGAAGCUGCGCAAAAAAAACAACCUACAUGAUCUUAAGGACUUUGAUCCCAGGCCGGUUGAAUUCAGAAAUAGGCCUGGGUAUCCAGAUUCAUUCAGAAGCAUCUGGCUCAACUCUCAAACAGAAGAUCUACCAAUCCGGCAAGUAUAUGCACCAGCAAACAUCAUGGCCAUCAAUAAUGACCAUGAUUAUCUAGAGAAAACUCUUGAAGAGUACUUUCUUGAUGAAUUGGAUGUGAUUACCAUCAGUGAGGAAACCCGUGCAAUGACCGAAGAGGCUACACGAGGGCAGAGUGCAAAUAAAGUGUGGACAGAAGAGAGAACAAAGCGUCUACAUGCCUCCAACUUCGGCAGAAUUUGUAAGGCAGGACCCAGAACAGAUUUGACUAAAAUGGCACAGUCACUCACCAAAACUGAGACUUUCACUAGUAAAUACACCGAACAUGGGAAAAAAUAUGAGUCUAUUGCAGUAAGACUAUUGCACUGAAACAGGUAACAAGGUUGACAGUUGUGGCAUACACGUAUGUGCAGAGCACCCAUUCUUGGGUUGUUCCCCAGAUGGUCUUGUAGGCAGGGAGGGCAUUAUUGAGGUCAAAUGUCCAUACACUUGUAAAGAUCUUGAAAUAUCUCCAGCAGAUGUUCCUUACUUGAAAUAUGAUGUCUUUGGUGAAUUGGCUCUGAAGGAGAAUCAUAACUACUAUUAUCAAGUUCAGGGGAACAUGCUCUGUACCGACAGACAAUGGUGUGAUUUUAUAGUGUGGACAUUUAAAGAUGUGAGAAUAAUGCGAAUUCAACGCAAUAAUAAAUUCAUCGAAGAAGCAACAACAAAAUUACAGUACUUCUUUGAUCAUCACUUUAGGAAAGCAGUAUUAGACAAGUAUUUUUACAGGGAAACUGACAAGUACACAUUUUGCUCUACACAGAUGGAGGAAUAAAUAACACUGAUAUUACUGAAAAUCAUCUUUUAUUCCUGAUGUCUACAUGUACAUGUAUACAUCACAAAUAUACAUGUACGUGUACAAUGUAGAUCUCAUGUACACUAAAGUUCAAACCAUACUUUUGUAUGAGCUAUUAUUGCUAGUAUAAGUAUUGCUUCAUAUUUUGUCUCUAAACCCAACUCCCUAGGCAUUUAUCUUUGAAACCUUCCUGAAUCAACCAUGAAUCCUGAGAAAAUUGGAUGAUUAAAUAAGCUUCUUUUUUAAUACCUUUGAUGUUUUCAUUGUUUCUCAUGUGUAUUUACAUGGUAAGAGACAACGGAGAUAAUUUAUGACCACUGGACACAGGAAUUAAUUUUUAUCAAUUAAUUUGAGUAAAAAAAUAAGGACACCGAAAUAAGGGGUUACAACUCUUCUAUUUCCUGAUAAACCUUUAUUUAUUUGAUUUAUUUUUGAAAAUAAAUAACUAUGAAAACUGUUCUUUGGGAUGAGAAACUAUCUCCACACUUUAAAGUUAUAUAAACAGAGAAAUAUUACUAUUUGUUGUACUUUUUUUAGAUGCACGGCACACUUUAGUGACCAAGUAUUGUACAUAUAUGUGGAAAUAGCCUCCAAUAUAUUUUCUCAAUUUCCAAUACCGAGGGGAACUAAUAUCGCCUUCCAACCCUCACACCAUGUUAUACUUGUAUACUCUGUUUUCUUUGUGAGAAGUGUGACCUUGUGUAUGACAUAUAUAAACAAACUAAUUGCAAAGAAAAAAAUUCUCUACCUAAAAAAGUAACCUAGCCUAUUUCAAAUGCCAUGAAAUCGGAAGCAGAAAUAUUUUUUUUGGCCUUAUUUAAAUACUGCAUAACGUCAUACAUUCACUUCUUGCCAGCAAUCAAAAAGUUAAGCCUCACAAAUUUGUAGUGAAAAGCUAUUUCAGAUUUAUUUUGAUCCUUAAUAAAAACGUAUUAAAUUUGUUUUGUCCUCACCCUAUGAGAUAUGGGCUUCAUUCACGAAUCGGCCAUAUUAAAUUGAAAGUGAGGUUAAAUCUUCAUUUUUGGAACUUGCGAAG